GUAAGAUAUAAUAAAACGCUUCAUUUUACGAACCCGCAUAACAGUAACAUCAAUUACGGUAUUAAAUUAAAGUGUUUAAUUGUUACAAAAUUCGUGAUUUAAUGUGGGCUAAUAAAAUAGUGUAAUUACAAGAAAAUACCGUACGUUAUCAUCGAAUCGAUAUAACGACGAAAGAUUCAUAAAUUGCCGUGAAUUCAUUAUAGUUAUGUCAACAAACUUAUGAGAUAGGCGGAGAUUCCAGGAGUAAUCAUGUCUUUGGAGAGGGAAUCUGUAGGGGUGAUGCCCCAGGUCAACCUGGGGAGUGCCUCGGUGGACCCCAGAUCACAACUGCUGCAAGAAAUGAGAGAACAAAACUUUGAUAUGAUAAGAUUUGCAUCAUAUAGAACAGCAUGCAAACUACGAUAUGUACAGAAGAAAUGUAAUUUACAUGUCAUAGAUAUAUGGAAUGUGAUAGAAGCAUUCAGAGAGAAUGCAUUAAACACAUUAGAGCCGAAUGCAUGUGUUAAUGUAACAAGGUUGGAGACUCUAGUAUCUUCUUUGUACCACAACUUAAACAAAAGACUACCACCCGCACAUCAAGUGUCAGUUGAAGCAUGUUCUGCAUUACUACUGAAUUGGUUACUAUCUGCAUAUAGUACUGGUGACAAUGUAGGUAAAAUAAGAGUGUUUUCAAUAAAAGUAGCACUAGCUACAAUGUGUGCUGGAAAACUAAUGGAUAAAUUAAGAUAUAUAUUCUCUCAAUUGUCUGAUGGCAAUGGUCACCUGCUGGUGAAGAGGCUAUCGGAUUACUUACGCGAGGUACUGGCGCUCCCCGCUGCGGUCUACGAGUCACCUUCCUUCAAUUACAAUGACUCAUUAGCCUUGUCUAUAUUUAAUCAGAAUGGAAAAAUAACAGUAAAUGAUUUCUUGGACACUCUGAUGUCGGAUCCGGGACCACCUUGUCUCGUGUGGUUACCAUUGUUACAUCGUUUAGCUAGUGUUGAAAAUGUGGUGCACCCUUUAGCCUGCAGCGUGUGCAGACGAGGUUCCCUGACGGGGUUCCGAUACCGCUGUACGCGCUGCGCCGCCUACACACUCUGCCAGGACUGCUUCUGGCGCGGUCGUGUCUCACCUCCACAUACUAAUGAACAUGAGGUCAAGGAGUAUGCCGCUUAUAAGUCGCCAUCUAAACAGAUAGGUGCGACGUUGCGCAAGUCGUUCCGCUGCGUGCCGGCCGCGCGGCCACCUCUACCUCGGUACCCGGACCAGCCUGAACGUACUCUCAACCUCAGCCAUAUCGUGCCGCCAUCCCCAGUGCCGGCACAUAAUGGGUUCCCGGAGUACGCUGGCGCGUGCGCAGGCGCUGGAUACGUGAACACUGGAUCGCUGGACUCGCGCUCCUCGCGCUCUACACAUCGCAGUAUAGCGGAUCAUUUAUCACGCGGAGUGGACGACGAGCAUCGUCUUAUAGCACGAUAUGCGGCACGGCUAGCGCACGAGAACAGAACUAUGCCGCGCGCUGGAAGAUCGGCUUCUCUCACACCGGAGUUGGGUCGUUCGUCGUCCGAGGGCUCGGAGGUGGACGCGGCGAGACAACAGCGAGAACUUAUCUCUCAGUUAGAAGCUAAGAAUAGAGAAAUUAUGAGAGAAAUUGCUAGACUUAGACAGCAAGAGGCGGAGGCGAGCGCAGGCGGAGGUGCGUCUGCGCCGCCUCUAGUGUCAGAACUCAGAGCGCUGCGACAGCGUAAGGACGAGCUGGAGGGACACCUAUCCUCAUUGCAGGAGUCACGUAAACAUCUGAUGCAGCAACUUGAAGGUCUCAUGAGAAUGCUUAAGACUCAACAAUCGUCACCUCGGUCUACACCCAACUCAUCUCCGCGCUCCACCAAGAGUCCACCGCUGCCUGGCUCUCAGCCACAACCUUCAGCUCCAGAGAGAGAGACAACGGGUCGUGUCCGCAGCGCGCCGCAAACACCAUCUCUGGGGGAACGGGAGAGGAUCGAUAUGACGCAUAGUCUUGGUGGCAUUGACAGUAUGAGCAACGAUGGCAGAAAUUUUCAUCAGAAUCAACGUCCUACUACAAUGGGCAUAGACAAUAGGAAUCUGCGCAGCGAUCUGUUGUACGCAGCGGACUCUGUCACAAAUGCCAUGUCUACUCUUGUGCGAGAACUUAACUCUGAAGGUUCCGACACCGAGGACAAUGUCAAAGGAGGUAUGGAGGCUAGGAAACAAAGAGAUUUCGAGGAGGAUGAAGACAGCGAUGGUCCGAUGCCGCGUCCGCAGCCGCCGAGACACUACAUACACGAUAACAGUGUUCAGAACCCUCCUAGUCUUACUACACAAUCAUAAGUUAAAAUCGUUUUAUUUAAGGACACUCCUCCGCCAUUGCCGGCCCGCACUGGUCAUUAUUUCCCUCGGACAUAGUUCUACAUAAGCA